AUUGUAUUGUUUAAUUUCCAGGCACCAUUCUGCAGGCAGUUGAAAUUUCGAUUUGGGUGAAUCUGAUCACCGGUUGUCGGCCCCAAGUUUCAUUUUUCUCAGAGUAUAUUCCUUCAACACGUCUAUUCCAGUUUCUACCAGAAAUGGUCACUUCUAUUCUUAAAGAAUAUGCCUCGUUCGCCGGUGCCGAGGGCUCCAGGAAUAGAACAGUGCAUCGGUUUUUCAGAAAUACUGUGAUGCCCACUACAAACCUAACGGCGAACGAUAUAGCAAGUUGUGUGGAAUCGGCAGUGAACGGUCUGAGUCAAAUGGAGCACAACACUGUUGCUCUUCAAGUUGUCACCGAUUUGUACUGCUGCUUGUCGUCUAUUACCAAACUGGCCAUCGAAACCCCUGCCGGGAACCGCGCUCCUCAUGUUGACAUCUGGGUGAGUUGGAUGGAUAGAGUGAGCUGGGAGUCACUGUCACUGUUCAAUCGGUCUUUGUCUGAUAUCCUGCACAAAGUCAGCCUCAACAAAGUUCCUGGCAAACAUUUGGAUUUGACUGUUGGGUUGGCAAUAUUUAUAAAUUCUAUCUUUGAAACACUAGUUGUAUUUUCUCUCCCCAUAAUUCCGGUCGAAUUAAUUCAAUUUCAAUAAUAAUAAUAGUUGGCC